ACUAUAUCUCCCUGUGAAAAAUCAUAAUAAAAUUCCAUCAAAAUUCAUUAGUAAAUAUAUUCCUCGUGUUACUGGUCACAACGGUCGUAUGAACACAAAAGAGGAGAUCAUACAAGACUAGAACAACAGCUAUAGCCUUGCGCUGUAGUCGUAAAAUCAAAUAUGUCGAGUAUCGAAUAUGUCACAUAAUGAAUAACAAAACCCUGGCCUAUGUAAAAACCGUACCGCGGCGAGUGAGUGUAAACUGUGUCAGUGUGUGGUGUAGAGUGCACUGCUAAUGCAAUGGCAAUGCGUGGUAUCGACCGCGGCGUGACAUCAACAAAGCGGUCAUUUCUAAAAUCUUCGGUGUCUUGGGGUUGGAGGAAUAUACCGGUAACUAGAGGAAUGCACGUCACUGCUGUAGCAAGAGACAAUACAAGCUCGAACGAAUGGCUGAUAAGACAGAGUCGAGACCCCUACGUGAAAAUGGCAAAGACAAAACAUUAUCGUGCACGCAGUGCUUUCAAACUCAUUGAGAUUGAUGACAAGUACAGGUUUCUUAAACCUGGUAGUGUCGUUGUGGACUGUGGUGCAUCACCAGGAGCAUGGACGCAAGUGGCUGUUCAGCGAGUCAACGCUGAUUCAAGAGACAAAACCAACAAGGUUGGCCGGGUGAUAUCCAUCGACCUGUUGCCGAUUCACCCCAUAGAGGGCGCCACGAUGCUCGAGAAGUGCGACCUGACGAGUUCGGAAACCCAGCGGAAGGUCGAAGCGCUGCUAGGUGGCGCCGGCGUAGACGCGCUGAUCAGCGACAUGUCGCCGAACGCUACGGGGAUGCAGCAGUUGGACCACGAGCUGAUUGUGCGGUUGUGCUACCACGCGCUCGCGUUUGCUCACCGCGUGCUCGCGCCGCGCGGGGUCCUGCUCUGUAAGUCGUUCGACGGCGGCGACAGCCAGCGACUGCUGCGCGAUCUUCGCAAACUAUUCGACGUCGUGAAGACGGUGAAGCCGCGUGCGAGCCGGAGCGACUCCGUCGAGUCAUUCUGCUUCGCGGGCGGAUUCAAGGGCCGAGCAAAGACGGGUGUGUCCUGAUACUCGCCGCGUCUCUGACACUCGAGGCUGCACUGAUGUUGAGGUUUCCACUGGCGUGCAGAGUAGGUUUGAAACUGGGAGUCUGAGAGAUGAGAUCUGGCAGGAGUUUGAACAUUCGCGUGUCCUGACGUCUUUUUCUUUUGAAUGAGAGCAUUGUAUGUCGUGACUUUUAUUCGUACAUUAAUUUGCGAGUUUUUCUAACGAUGUAUUCCAAGAUGUUCAACAGUAAUAGUCGAGGUUGAAUGAUGGACAAAUAUGUUGUACAAGACACAGAAUGUACAUACGAUUUACGAUAGCAUAAAAAGAAUGCAAACGUCGUGCCAAAUCAAGUUAACAAGUUUUAUUUUAUAAAACAAUAAUAAUAAUAGUAAUAAUAAUAAUAAUAUACCCAGUGGAAAGUAUGUCACGAGCUUGAUCAUCUACACAUUUACCAGACCUGUAUGUCUUCUCGAGCUUUGGUCGCCGAUGGUAAGGUGCACAGGAAGUAUUUAUGUACAUGCACAGAAGAAGUGCUUCAGUGCUUGUGGCAUACACACAGAAAGUGCUUUCGGGGUAAUGUUUAAGGGAGCCACGAUUAUUCACAAGAAUAGUUUGAGAACAGUUGGAGUAUUUACUGAAAUUAGACCACUGGCAGAAAAUGCAACUUAAUUUUGGAUUGGCAUUGCUGUAGACCCAAGAUGGCUGCCAGCAUUCAUAAACAUUCAAGUAUCAAAUUA